UCAGGAAACAUGUUUUGCUCUUCCCCUGGAAACUCUUGUGCGUAGAGCAUUGUAUUGGUGCGGAAGGUGUUUGUGGCCAACUAGCGAUACCAUAACGAAUAGACACAGGAGUAUGCUGCCCAUACAAACACUCAAGGCCUAGUAGAAACACCAUGGAAGAGUCAGGAGGCAGGCCACGCUACCCCAAGCAGGAAGGCCGGGAGAGGGGCCCGGUAGCAGACGAGGCUGAGACCUGGAGGAACCAGGAUGCAGGGAGAGGAUACAGCCCCAAGACGGAGAGGCGUGGCCAGGGGAAGAGGGGAGGCCACGGAGGGCUUCACCACGCCAGCUCCAAGAAGGGAGCGAUGGAGCCCCAGAGCAGCUCCCCUGCAGGGGGAUUCAAGGAGGGCCACAGCCCCUCACAGAGGGAGGACUUCCAGAGAGCCAGGUACCCAGAGAGCCAGCAGGCCGAGGGCCGGGAGGAGAACUGGAGAGAGCGCCCUUCACAACGCUGGAGGAGAACUUCUCAGGGAGAGGACAGGGAGCAGAGGAGAGACAACGUUGACAACACACUUCACUCAGGGGGCAGGAAUCGUAGAAACCAUAACUGGAGGCGAGGUCUAGGUGAGGAGGACCAUGGGCCGGUGGUGGAUGAGUCGGCUCUGUCAGCCAAAGAGCUGCUAGGACUGAAACAGGCGGAGGACAAGAUUGGCAGGGAGAAGAUCUUCCGUCUAAAGAAGAGGUCCCACAGUAACCCCAGUGCUGUCUACUCCUGCUCUCUGUGUGAGGUACUGCUGGACUCUGUCUCUGAAGCUCACAGACACAUCAAAGACAAGUGGCACAAGAGGAGAGCCAAGGAGCGUUGUGAGGAGGAGAUGCUGACGGAGAUUGCGCCCCCCAGGGCAGAGCAGGUGGCAGCAGUGGGCAUGGCCCUGGAGGGCGUGGUCAGAGAGAGGGGGAUGAGUGACCAGGAUGUAGAGAACAGGCAAAAGAUCGUCUCCAACAUGCAGGAAGUCCUAACAGCCGUCCUGCCUGAGGUGAAACUCAGGCUCUAUGGGUCUUCCUGCACCAAAUUUGGUUUCAAAGAUUCUGAUGUCAACAUUGAUAUCCAGUUCCCCCCUCAUAUGCAUCAGCCAGACGUUCUGUUGCUGGUCCAGAAGAGUCUGUCAGUCAGCCAUCUCUACGGUAACCUGGAGGUAGACUUUCAUGCCAGGGUUCCGGUGGUCAUCUGUAAAGACAAGGACAGUGGUCUGGUGUGUAAGGUGAGCGCAGGAAAUGACAACGCCUGCCUGACCACCUCCUUCCUGUUUGAGCUGUCCAGUCGGGAGCCUCUCCUGCUGCCACUGGUCCUGGGUUUCAGACACUGGGCCUGGAUCUGUCACGUGGACCGAGCGGAGGAGGGUGGUCUACCUUCGUACGUCCUGGCUCUCAUGGUCAUCUACUUCCUCCAACAGAGGAAACGACCCGUCCUCCCUGCCUACCUGGGACACGAGAUAAAGGAGUUCUCCAUCAGCAGGCUACAUGACUUCAGUCUGACCUACAUGGAGGAUGGCUGUGUCCACUGGGGUUACUACCCUGUCUCUAAGGACUCCUCCUCACCCCCAGAAAUCUUCAAGGAGGGCAAGGCUCCUCUGGUGUUCCAGAGCGCUGUCUCUCCACCAUCGGUGGGUCUUCUGUGGGUGGAGAUGCUGCGUUUCUAUUCGCUGGAGUUCAACAUGACGGAGUGUGUCAUCAGCGUGCGCACCAGCCUCGUCUUAUCACGGGACGCCAAGGACUGGCCCAAGAAACGCAUUGCCGUGGAGGAUCCGUUUGCUGUGAAGAGGAACGUGGCUCGUACAUUGAACAGCCAACAGAUGUACGAGUACAUCCUCCACUGCCUCAAAUCGACCUACAAGUACUUCGCCCUGCCCCUCAGCCUUCCAUCAGCCAACCACAAGAUGGCAGGGCCUCGAGGUGCUAAUUACAAGCAAGGGCCUCGUCAGAAGGCUCUGAGUGACGUGAGCCGUGUCCAAUCAGGGUUGAGCAGUCUCAAACUGGAGUCUCAGGCAGCCAAUGGGCAGAAAGGAGAGGCGGGCUUUAAGCAGGACUCUGACUGUAUGGUGGAGGAAGAGGAGGAGAGCCCUUCAGACUCUGAUAACGAAGGAGAGAAAGAAGAUGAGGAUUUGGGGAAGAAUAGCCUAUCGGAGGAGGAAGAAGAGGAUGAAGAGCUAGAUGAGGAAGUAUAUCCCAGACAUCACCUAGACAGUGUGAACACGGAGGACGAAGAGCUGUUCCCAUUGGACGAGGCCUCGGAGGAGCUUCUCUCAGACGAGGAGGGGCCAGACCUAGACACUCCCAGUUCAUUGGACGAGGAGGAGGUAGCCUCGCCCAAACAGGAUGUGCUUGACAACAAGACCGAGGGGGCCAGUGGUCUCUGCUAUGGCUUCAUCAGACAGGCCUUCACCCGUGGAAAGUCCCAUACAGUGGUGUGUAGUGUGUGUAAGCGGGACGGCCAUCUAAAGAAAGACUGUCCUGAAGACUUCCAGAGGGUUCAGCUAGCCCCUCUCCCUCCCAUGACACCUGCCUUCCUCAAAACACUCAACACAGUCUGCCAGCAGUGUUACCGAGACUUUGCUCCAGAUGAUGUGGAGCUGGGAGUGAGAGAACACAUCCUGCAGGACCUGGAGAGCUUCGUCAAACGACAGUUCACAGGUGCCAGACUGAGGCUGUUUGGUUCGUCUAAGAACGGCUUCGGCUUCAAGCAGAGUGACCUGGACAUCUGUAUGGUGCUGGACGGACAGGAGACCGCUGAAGGUCUGGACUGUAUCAGCAUUAUAGAGUCUCUGGCCAGACUCCUGAGGAAACACCCAGGUCUGAGGAACAUCCUCCCCAUCACCACGGCUAAGGUCCCCAUCGUUAAGUUCUACCACGCCAGGACCGGCCUGGAGGGAGACAUCAGUCUCUACAACACGCUGGCCUUACACAACACGCGUCUGUUGGCGUCGUACGCUGCCAUCGACCCCCGAGUCAAGAUGCUGUGUUAUGUCACGAAGGUGUUUGCCAAGUUGUGUGAUAUCGGUGAUGCGUCUCGAGGAAGUCUGUCGUCCUACGGCUUCACCCUGAUGGUGCUAUUCUACCUGCAACAGAGGAACCCACCUGUUAUACCUGUACUACAGGAGAUUUAUGACGAGGAGAAGAAGCCUGAGAUUUUGGUAGAUGGAUGGAAUGUCUACUUCUACGAUGAUCUGGAUAAACUGCCUGAGCGCUGGCAGCAGAAGAACCUGGAGUCUGUAGGUGCUCUGUGGCUGGGCCUGCUGCAGUUCUACACCGAGACCUUUGACUUCAGAGAACACGUUAUCUCCAUCAGACAGAGAGCAGCUCUCACCACCUUCAACAAGCAGUGGACCUCUAAGUACAUCGUCAUCGAGGAUCCUUUUGACCUGAACCAUAACCUGGGAGCUGGCCUGUCCAGGAGAAUGACCAACUUCAUCAUGAAGGCUUUCAUCAAUGGCAGAAGUGUGUUUGGAACAACAGUCAAAGCCUACCCUCCUGAGUACACUAGUCCGAUGGAGUUCUUCUUUGAUCCUGAGGUGCUGACUGAGGGACAGCUGGCUCCUAACGACCGCUGCUGCAGGAUAUGUGGCAAGAUCGGACACUUCAUGAAAGACUGCCCCAUGCGCAGGAAGUCUAGGCAGCGUCGUGAACAGGAGGAUCGAGCAGAGGGAAGGAGGGACUGGGCGGAAGGGGGCAGGGAACAUCGUCAGGGUGAAUACUGGAGAAGACAGGAAGAGAAACGGUGCUGCUUCCUGUGUGGAAGCCACGCCCACAUCAAGAAAGACUGCCCCCAGUACAGAGACCAGGACCAGCUGGGGCCAUGUCUCUUCAUCUCCUCUACGAGCCACAUGAGGAAUUUGAGAGAGAGAAAAACUAGUGUGUUUGGUCCAUGA